ACCGUUUCUUUCCCUCCAAUGUCAUGACGUUUCUGAGUUAUUGGGGAACGGGUUAGACGUUUUUUUUUUUGUGGAAAUGCGGGGAGAAAAAGAUCGAAGGGGGAGGGGGGCGAGGAUUGCGGCCAAGCUGAGAGCGGGCCGAAUGGUCCCCGCGUUGAUCUGAUCGCCAUUCGCGGCGGGGCACCGUUAUCAGUCGGCGGACAGCCAGACAGACAGACAGACCGACCGACCUGCACAGUCCGCAGUGACGAAGUUCAGAGCCUUGUGUUGAGAAACCAAACAGAUCGCGGCUCCAGCACCAACUCGCCCACUAGCCAUGGAAGCUCAGAUCCAGAGGAAGACUUUGGUGGAUAAAUGCAAACUGAAGAACAGCUGGAUCAAAGAAGGGCUCGCCGAAUUUCUGGGGACAUUUAUUCUAAUCUUGUUUGGUUGCGGAUCUAUAGCUCAGUCAGUGCUGAGCAGAGGAACGAGUGGCAAUAUGUUGACCUCUUCUAUUGGUUUUCCAUUUGGAGUUACCAUCGGUGCUUAUGCGACAAUAGGGGUGUCAGGGGCGCACCUGAAUCCUGCAAUUUCGCUGUCAAUGUGUGUACUGGGCCGGCUUCAGUGGUUGAAACUUCCCAUCUACUGCACUGCUCAGCUCAUAGGAGCUUUUAUUGGUUCCGCAGCAGUAUUUGGCCUUUAUUAUGAUGCCUUCAUGAGUUAUGAUGGCGGAAACUUGACAAUCACCGGUCAAAAUGCAACUGCACACAUCUUCUCCUCUUAUCCUGCUCCACAUCUAUCCUUUGCAAAUGGAUUUGCGGACCAGAUUGUGGGCACGGCCGCUCUACUUUUCUCCAUUUUGGCCAUUUUGGACUCCAAGAACGAUCGUGUGCCCAAGGGUCUGGAGCCGGUGGUGAUCGGUCUGAUCCUCAUGGUGAUCGGACUAUCGAUGGGCUACAACUGCGGUGGUCCCAUCAACCCAGCACGUGACCUGGGUCCUCGGCUCUUCACUGCUGUGGCCGGAUGGGGAUUUGAGGUUUUCAGAGCUGGUAAUGGCUGGUGGUGGGUCCCUGUCAUUGCGCCUUUCAUCGGGGGAGUCCUGGGCACUGCCAUUUACGUUCUGUUCAUUGAACUACAUCACAAAGAGACGGUCUUGGAGGAGGCCCGGUGCGUUAAAGAACAGCAGGCGGAGGGGAAAACAAAAUAUGAAAUGAUUGAUAUACAGUGUAACAAAUAACGCAGAAUAUCAAAUGAAGAGCCAAAUACCAGAGUUGAAUUCUGGGCCUGUGAAGAAAAUGUAAAUUAAUUACAAAGGGUUUUUUUAAAUUAUUAUUCUCCUGACAAAUGACCUAUAGGAUGACGGUUAUAAUUUUAUUGGUAGGGGAUUGUUAACAAUUAUGCAAAUAAUUUUAUAUUGUGCAAUUGAGAGGUUGUUUAAUGUCUAUAUAUAGAAUUAUGUGCAAUAUCUAAUUUAUUUUACAAGUGGGUAACUCAUGAUUAACAAAAGUCCUGAAUAAGGUAGGAGCAUACUUGCUGUGCGCAGGACUUUAGAACUCAUUGAUCUUAACAAGCUUAAUUAGCUGCUUUGGAAGGGGAGAUGGUCCAUUACGUGACCUUGGUCUGUGUACUCUACUAAUGUCACCCAUACACAUUUACUUAUAUAUUUCAGUAUACAGCUUGCACUUAGCCUGAUGUCACAGGGAUGAUUAACAUUAUUCGGGAAGUCACACCACCGCACAAAGAGGUGGCGUGUCAAUUGCGUUACUAAUGAGUGUGUAACACGAAGGUACUUAAGGAAAUACCAUGUAUUAUAAAGAUGAAUUUACAUUUG